UCAUCGUCCACUUUUCUCGGCUUGUGCGAUGGAGAGAUUGACGAAAACAAGCACCAAUCUUCCGUCUUCACCAACAAAAUCGGAGGACUUCCGGACUGGCUGCCCGGCCUUCCACGCUAGUCUCCCCUCUGCAGGCGCUGUUCAUCCCCGCUAACCCAUGUGGUGCAGGCGUACUGUCCCCUGAAGGAAUCCUCUUACCACAGGGCCAUCCACGUGUUCGCCUACACUGUGGAGUGCAGAGGCCGGGCAGAGAGCUGGACGGCGAUGUGCUCUCAGAGCCUAGAGGCCGAGGUGAGAGCUCAGCGGACUAGCAGGAAGCAUGAGCCGGCGGAGGAGGCUCCUCUGUCAGCUAGCGACUGGUGUGACUCCGCUGAAGAUUGGGGCAUGGAAGAAGAGGGGGAUGGUGGAGUUUUGAAGAUGGACAAGCAUGUCCUGAAGGAGGAACCAGAAUUUUGCCAAUCGCCUGAAGGGGACGUCGUCAACAGACUCGGCCUCCUCCAUCUUGCAGAGGGGCAGGUGGACAGUCCCCUCCUGCGCGCCUUCUUCAUCAGCGUGGUGGAUGAGUCGGAUGUGGCGGCGGAGGAGGAAGACGGGCUGGCGCACGCCGAGGAUCUGCUGAGGGACUAUGAGAGGAGAGAGGGCAUGGCCGUGGGGGGCGGCGGGGACAAGGGCGGCGGGGACAAAAGCGGGGAGGAGAAGUACGAGAAGAGCCGAGCCCGUCACGGCGACGCCGUCUUCUCCAGGUUCACGAAAAGUGUCGGAUUGAAUUUCUGCAGUAAGAAUGACAACAAUAAGUGUUUCAUAAAAUGA